AUGGAUUUUUUCGAUGGUAAUAGCGGGAAUAACAGUGCAGAGAACGAUGACUUCUCAAGUUUCUUUGAUCCAAAGCCAUUCAGUGCCUUGGAUGAUUCUAAUGGAAAGAUGAGAAACUCUAUAGAUUCUGCUAUGAAUAACAAUAAUAACGGUAGUAGCAUCAAUGAAAUGACUCAAUCUGCUGGGACGCCGUUUGGCAAUGCUGCUUCGUUACAAAAUAAACAAUCUACAAUGAAUAUGGGAUCUCCAUAUGAUUUCAGUGGUAAUGUAGGUGAGCGUGUUGCUAAUCGUGUAGUGAGUAACGGUGGUAAUACGAUAAAUUUAAAUGAAAGUCUGUCACCACAAGCCAUCCUCGCUAGGAAUUCUAUAAUAGAUCCCAAUCAAAUACCAUUAUCCGCACAACAAAUGCUUCCUCAAAAUAGUAUGAAUAGCUCAAUUAAUAUGAGGGCAGCAUCAGAUUCGAAUAAUGUCCCAACGCCAGCUAAUAUACUGUCACCAAAUAAUAACGCUAAUAAUAAUAAUCCAGCCACACCUAGACAGAUAUUAAUGCUCAAUAAUAAUAGGCAUCAGCCACAGCCUCAACAAAUACUCUCAAAUCAAGGAUCCCCUUUCACGAGUCAAUCUCCUGCUCCUUUGCAAAAUAACGAUUAUCAACUGAAUAAUAAUAACAAUAAUCCAAGUUUUACGUCGAAUAAAAAUACAAAUAGUAAUCCAAAUCAAGCAUUUGCUGAGAGAACUGCCAUGUUUGCCUCGCUUCAACAGCAACAGCAACAGCAACAGCAACAGCAACAACAGCAACAGCAACAACAGCAACAGCAACAACAGCAACAGCAACAACAGCUACGACAGCAAUCACAGAGGCUCUCCCAGCAACCACAACCGCCACCGCAGCAGCAAACAAGAAUCCCAUCUGCAAAUAUGGGAUCACCUCCACAAAAUCAAACUAACCCAACAACCACGCAAGAGCAGAUGCAAUACGCUAUGCAACAAAAGGCUAUUCUACAAUCUUUAAGCCCUGCUUUGCAACAAAGAAUAUCAAGUGAACUGAGUACAAAACAGUUCGAAUUAUUCAUGAAAUCAUUAAUAGAAAACUGCAAAAGACUAAAUAUACCGUUCCAAGCAGUCCCAGAAAUCCAAGGUAAGAAAAUUAAUCCGUUCCUACUUUAUAUAAUGGUACAAAGACUUGGUGGUAGUGAACAAGUUUCUAGAAACCAAUUCUGGGCUCAAAUAGCUAGUAAGUUUCAGAUCAAUGACGUUCAACAAUUAGAAAUCAUUUAUUUUAAAAUUUUGCUUCCUUAUGAAAAAUAUAUGAACUCUCCAGAUGGUGUGAAGGAAACUCAAUCAAAGAGAAUAUUUUUGACUCAAUUUUUACAAGAACUUUUGAAAAAUGUCCAGAAUCAGCAAAACCAGAAUACAAAUAAUACUACUCAACCCAUGGUAUCGUCCCAACCACAACAACAGCCUUUUCAACAGCAGCAAGCAUCAAAUAAAAGGCAACAAUUUAUGCAGAGCUUCAAUAACAAAUCAGUUCCAUUGUCUCCAAAUAUUGCUACCACUCCGAAUAUGGCGAAUAGAAUACCCCAAAAUACAGUACCCAUUCCAAAUGCUCCAGUGACAGCAACAACAACUAUUACGGAAAAGGCUCCAAAGAAGCCAAGAAAACCAAGACAGAAGAAGAAGACCAAGAAGGAGUUAGAACAAGAACGUAAACAACAGGAGGAAUUUCAGAAACAACAACAAAAGCUUUUAGAAGAACAACAAAAACAACAAAGACUUUUGAUGGAAACAAAAAUAAGGCAACAAUAUGCAAAAGAGUUAGCCAAAUUGCCGAAAGUAUACAAAAGAUUUGUUGGGAGAAACUACAAACCAAUAAACACAGCAAUCAAUCAAAUCCAUGGAUACGAUAUUAAUUAUAUUUCUCAAGUGGGUGAGAAAAUUGAUUCAAAUAAACCCAUAUUCCUCUUCGCACCGGAGUUGGGCGCCAUAAAUCUACAUUCCAUAUCAAUGUCAAUACAGUCCAAUAAUUUGGGUGAAAUUAACACAGCUUUAAAUACACUUUUAGUUGCCAGUGCGGACGCAGUUUUAACUAUUGCAUUAAGCGAAUAUCCUACCAUAUUAAACUCUUUAUGCAGUGUCGGUAUUAAUGUCAUAAACUCAUUGUGCUUCGGCAAGGAGGAUAAAAAUUUGAGAGAGGAGCAAGUUAGCUUUUCAAAUGGUUUUUGUGAGGAGUAUGAUGUGGAGAAAUUUCUUAAUGCAAGGUCUGUCGCGAUUUCAAGGACAGAUGAACUAAUGAAUGAUGUCUUCAAUGCCUAUGUAGAAAAGUUCGAAAAAAAUAAGGGGAAGACCACUGAUACAAAGACUAUAAUGGUUGAUUCACUUACUGGUAAAGAUUUGUCUCAGGUGGAAGCCAUGCUGACGCCUGACGCUUCUCCUAUUGAAAAUUUCGAAAAUGAGAAUGAAGACGAAGACUUUUCUCUUUCUUCUUUGCCGUCCACAAAAAAGCAGGAACAUUGGAAGUUAUUGCCAACGGCAGUUAAAUAUUCCUUGAAGGAGCAAGGCUCAUUCUCUCUGUCCAUCCCCUCAUAUUUGGAGUCACUCAAAAGAGUUAAAGAUGAAGUGGAUGACCCAUUUACGAAAAUUAAUACACGCGGUGCGGAAAAUUCAAGAGUACUAUUAAAUGAUCAGCUUUCAACAAUCACCAUGAUUUUGAGGAAUAUUUCUUUUUCUGAUGAGAACUCUGAUAUAAUGUCAAAGAAUAGCUACUUAAAGAGAUUUUUAUCCGAUCUAUUAUUUCUUCUUUUCUUGAAGGAUGACAGUAUCACUUUUCAAAGAAAAAUUUUGAAUUUUAAAAAGGAUACAGUUAUUAUUUUGGCAAAUAUUUCUCAUGGCCUCAAGUUAGCUUCGUCUGUGGAUUUAUUCAUGUUGUUAAUGCUUAUAUUAAGUUUUGGUGAGCCAAAAAAGUGUCUAGAUGAUAUGGACCACUUAACAGGGUUAUCAUUUCCGGAAUACUCAUUAAGUUGGGGGAAAUAUCAGGCCUUUGGCGUUGAUCUUUUAGCAAAACUUUUAUCUAUAGAUAAGCCGAACAAGAGAUUAUUUGAAAGUAUCUUAUUAGACAGAUUUGAAGAUGAAUCAGAUGAUAUAAGAAUUGCCAAAAAUCUAAUAGCAAAAUAUGGCGAAAAGAGCUCUUUGAAACUAUUAAAUGAUACGGUAUCAUUUUUGAUCUCGGUCAUUCCAUUCCAUCAAAUUAGUACACAGGCAAAUAUUAUUGAGCAGGUUUCUCCUUUGAUCUCACAGUCAUUGACGUGCUUACUACAGAUAAUGGGGUUCAUAAAUAUAGAGAAGGAUACUUUUAAUUUACCUUGCUUCUGGUUAAGCACCUAUGAAAACGUUGGACUAAAUUUAAGAAGGCUAUACGAGCUUUUUCAAAAUUUGAUAAUGCAACAUUCAACUAAUACUUCUAGUAGUUUUGAGCCAACUUUGGUUUUAUACAAAAUGAUAAGCUGUCAGGCAGUAAAAUUACUGAGAGUAAUGGUUGAAAAGGGUUCAGUUGAUAAGGAGUCUUGUGAGAAACUCCUCAAAAUUCCAAACUUGUUACCCAGUGAAUCGGAAUUUUUCGCUGUUUUGAGUAAUCCUGUUGUAGAUUCAGAGUUUGCGAAAGAAAUUGAGCUAUUUUACCGUGUUAGGAACCAAGUAUUCAGUAAACUUUAG